UGCUCAGAGUGUGGGAAGAAUUUUAUUACGCAGAGUCAUCUCCAACGACACCAGCGCAUUCAUACAGGAGAGAAACCAUAUCACUGCUCAGAGUGUGGAAGCAGUUUUUCUCAUCAGAGUACGCUCCAAAGACACCAGCACAUUCACACAGGAGAGAAGCCUUAUCACUGCUCAGAGUGUGGAAGCAGUUUUUCUCGUCAGAGUACGCUCCAAAGACACCAGCACAUUCACACAGGAGAGAAACCGUAUCAGUGUUCAGAGUGUGAAAAGAGUUUUACUCAAAGCAGUAACCUUAAAUUACACCAGCGUGUUCACACAGGAGAGAAACCGUAUCACUGCUCAGAGUGUGGGAAGAGUUUUUCUUACAGUAAUGCUCUUAAAGUACACCAGCGUAUUCACACUGGAGAGAAGCCGCAUCACUGCUCAGAGUGUGGGAAGAGUUUUUCUUACAGUAAUGCUCUUAAAGUACACCAGUGUGUUCACACUGGAGAGAAGCCAUAUUACUGCUCAGAGUGUGGAAAAAGUUUUGCUCAACAGGGUUACCUUCAAAAACAUCAGCGUAUUCACACAGGAGAGAAACCGUAUCACUGCUCAGUGUGUGGAAACAGUUUUGCUGAACAUAGUACCCUUCAAAAACACCAGCAUAUUCACACAGGACAGAAACCGUAUACCUGCACUGUGUGUGGAAAGAAGUGUGGGAAGAGCUUUACUGCGCCGAGUCAUCUCCAACGACACCAGCGCAUUCACACAGGAGAGAAGCCAUAUCACUGCUCAGAGUGUGGGAAGAGUUUUACUACACAGAGUCAUCUCCAACAACACCGGCGUAUUCACACAGGAGAGAAGCCAUAUCACUGCUCAGAGUGUGGGAAGAGUUUUACAAUGCAGAGUCAUCUCAAACAACACCAGCGCAUUCAUACAGGAGAGAAGCCAUAUCACUGCUCAGAGUGUGGAAACAGUUUUUCUCAUCAGAGUACGCUCCGAAGACACCAGCACAUUCACACAGGAGAGAAGCCAUAUCAGUGUUCAGAGUGUGAAAAGAGUUUUACUCAAAGUAGUGACCUUAAAGUACACCAGCGUGUUCACACAGGAGAGAAGCCGUAUCACUGCUCAGAGUGUGGAAAAGGUUUUACUCGACAGAGUAAACUCCAACAACACCAGCGUAUUCACACAGGAGAGAAACCGUAUCACUGCUUGGAGUGUGGGAAGAGUUUUGCUAACAGUAAUGCUCUUAAAGUACACCAGCGUAUUCACACAGGAGAGAAACCAUAUUACUGCUCAGAGUGUGGGAAGAGUUUUACUGAAAGUAAAUCCCUUAAAAUACACCGACGUAUUCACACUGGAGAGAAGCCGUAUCACUGCUCAGAGUGUGGGAAGAGUUUUGCUCAACAGAGUAAACUCCAACAACACCAGCGUAUUCACACAGGAGAGAAACCGUAUAACUGCACUGAGUGUGGAAAAAGUUUUGCUUACAGUAAUGCUCUUAAAGUACACCAGCGUAUUCACACAGGAGAGAAACCAUAUUACUGCUCAGAGUGUGGAAAGAGUUUUAUUCAAAGUAGUGACCUUAAAGUACACCAGCGUGUUCACACUGGAGAAAAGCCGUAUCACUGCUUAGAGUGUGGAAAGAGUUUUGCUCAUGAAAAGAAUCUCAAACGGCAUCAGCGUAUUCACAUAGAAAAA